CUCAAAAUACACGCCCGGAAAUGCGUUCUCACCCACCCGGUUUCUCAUUUAACGGGGACGCAACGCGCAGAAUCUUUUUUUUUAGAAGUUAUCCGAUGCUUCGCCGUUAGUAUGAUAGAGAAGAGAGCACGGUGCUAAAUCUGCUAGUAUUUACAGAAAGGUAGAGAGCUUGUCACUAAAGAUCCUGACUGUGAUAACUACAGUCAUGGCACCAAAGAAGAAAAAUGUUAAAAAGAAUAAAAUGGACAAUAAAGAGACUACUGUUGUUUUGGAAGAGAGUACAAUCAUUCAUCUGAAUGGCCUCAUAGAUGGAGACAAUGGUUUUAGCUGCAUUUCCACAGAGAUAACUAACUGCUCAUACAGUUCCAGUCUUUUGGAAGCACUCAGCAAAAUGAGGCAAGAGAAAUUUUUGUGUGAUUUAACCAUUGCUACAAAAAACAAAUGUUUUGAUGUUCACAAAUUGGUGAUGGCUUCUUCCAGUGAGUACUUCAGGAAUAUUCUGACAAAAGACCCGUCAAUCCAAAGAGUAGAUCUCAACGACAUCUCUCCUAUUGGUCUUGUCACAGUUAUUACUUAUGCCUAUUGUGGAAAAAUAACACUGUCAUUAUACACAAUUGGUAGCACAAUAGCAACAGCCAACCUGCUCAAAAUUCACUCUCUCAUAAAGAUGUGCUGUGAUUUUUUGAUGCAGGAAAUCAAUGUUGAGAAUUGCAUGUACAUUGUUAACAUUGCAGAAACUUAUGGACUCAAAAAUAUUAAGGAAGCAGCACAUAAAUUUAUUACUGAUAAUUUCCUCGAAUUUUCAGAAAGGGACCAGUUUUUUAAACUCACCUUUGAACAAAUCAUGGAAUUUAUGCUGGAUGAUACCCUGCGAUUGCCCUCAGAAAUCACAGCAUUCCAGAUUGCAAUUAAAUGGCUGGAUUUUGACAAUAACAGGGUUAAGUAUGCAGCAGAUUUACUGAACACCAUUCGGUUUUGUACAAUCUCAGCACAAGACCUGGUGAACUAUGUUCAGUCGGUGCCAAGAAUGAUGGAAGACCAGGGAUGUCAUAAACUUCUGGUAGAGGCCAUGAACUACCACCUGCUGCCCUAUCAACAGAACACCUUACAGUCCAGAAGAACAAAAGUUCGUAGUGGCCUCAGAGUUCUAGCAAUCGCGGGUGGCCGUCUAGACCUAACAGAAAAAUCACUCAGCAGAGAUAUUCUGUAUAGAGAUUCUGAAUGUGUUUGGAACAAACUUGCUGAAAUGCCUUAUAAAAGUUUCAAUCAAUGUGUAGCUGUGAUGGAUGGAUUUCUGUAUGUAGCUGGUGGAGAAGAUCAAAAUGAUGCCAGGAAUCAGGCGAAGCAUGCAGUGAGCAACUUCUGCAGAUAUGAUCCUCGAUUCAACAGUUGGAUUCAUCUGGGGAACAUGAUCCACAGACGCACCCACUUCAGCCUAAAUGUUUUUAAUGGUUUACUAUUUGCAAUUGGGGGGAGAAAUUCAGAUGGUCCUCUUUCCUCUGUUGAAUGCUAUGUACCAGCAACAAACAAGUGGCAGCUUAAGACACCUUUAGAGAUAUCUAGGUGCUGUCAUGCUAGUGCUGUCAUUGAUGGCAAAAUCCUGGUAACUGGAGGAUACCUCAAUAGUGCAUAUUCUCGUUCAGUCAUAGCCUAUGAUCUGUCAGUGGACAGUUGGCAAGAUAAGGGUAAUCUUAACACACCUAGAGGGUGGCACUGUGCCAUUUCCCUUGCAGAUCGUGUGUAUGCAUUGGGUGGAAGUCAGCUUGGAGCUAGGGGUGAAAGGAUUGAUGUGCUUUCUGUUGAAUGUUACAGUCCCUAUACUGGGCAAUGGAGCUAUGCUGCUCCUCUGCAAGUUGGUGUUAGUACUGCUGGUGUAACAACUCUUGACAGUAAAAUCUAUUUACUGGGAGGUUGGAAUGAGAUAGAAAAAAAAUAUAAGAAAUGUGUUCAGUGUUUUAAUCCAGAUAUUAAUGAUUGGUCCAAUGAAGAUGACUUGCCAGAGGCUAUAGUUGGCUUGUCCUGCUGUGUUUUUACCUUGCCUAUUCAAAGAACACAAGAAUCCAGGACCAGUUCAGUAUCUUCAGUCCCAGUUAGUAUUUGAUUACAGUUGAAGAGAUUUUUAAACUAAAAUCAAUUAAUUUCACAGAAAGAGGCUAGAUAUAAAUUGCUGCUCAAAUAAGCUUCCAUAAUUAGAAAACAGUUUGUAUCCAAUCAAGUUAAAAGGAAGUGGUACAACAAUGGUACCAAACAAGAUGUACAUAUUGCUCUGCUUAAGUUGGUUGUUUACAGGAGGAAUAAAUCAAUCUGAAGGUGUGACUUUCAAAUUGUUUGUGGCAUGCCACAACAGAUAACUGGAGUCAGAAAGACAGUUAGCUUCAGUAAAGAAUUCUGCAGUUUUUUAGCGGUCUGGACAUUCGUGGCUGAGGGUAGGUGUCUUGUGGCACAGUGGGCCACACUCUUGCCUCUGAGUCAGAAGCUCUGAGUUCAAGCCCAACUCCAGGACUUGAUGGCUAGAAAAGAUGCAUUCAUAACGUGGGCAAACAGGUUGAUUAUCAAUCUACAAAUCCUUCCAAUAUGUGACAUGCCUACGGCAGACAGUAGGAGCAAGAGAGACUUCUGGUCAGCCAUAUUUGACGUGUUGUGUCACUGCUCAAGCUAUAACCUCUGUUUUCAGGAACUAACCUAUUCCACUUGCAGAGAAUAUGUGUGUUCUUUGAUGCUUCAGGCUUCCCUAGGAAAAGAAAGUCAUUCUGAGUCUCAGUCUAGAGCUGGCAGAUUUUUAUAAGCUAAUAUUUAAAACUAAAUAAUAUGAUAGUUUAAUCGUUUCAUAAUUAACUUUAUAAAGUCAUAGUUAUUUCCUGUUUCUUGGUAGAAAUUCAGCUUCUUUUUAUAAAUCUGCGGCAAGUCGGUCUAUAUCUAUUGAGGCCAUUUUUGACACAACCACUAAAAAACCCAACAAAAGAACUGAGACAGUGUUUCCAAAGGCUGAACUAUCCAAUGCAUUUGUGGACUAUUGUAUUGCAGAGAAAAAUGUUUUGUUUUGCUUUAUCUAAAAUGCAAAAGAUUAUCAGAAUUCUGAAUGGCAUUCAUGACAUGGCAUGCUAUUCCUCAAUUCACAUCUUAUGUCUCUACAAAUUGGACUGAAAAAUGGUGUAUUUCAGUUGCCUUCUGUUAUGGAAACAGUGAAAACAAAGAUCAGAGACAAACAGUGGAAACCUGUAAGCAAUAUCCUAAGUUUGGAGUGGUGUUCACCCUAGUUUGUUUUCUCGGCAGUAGAAUUAUUCCACUGAAAUUGGAAUUCAAAAACAGCUUUCCUGUUUACCAUCUGCAGACUUCAAAUUUUGUUGAAAACAGCAGUACCUCAUUGUGUUAUAUGCUUCUAACGACUAUUUGCUGAAUUAAAGCAAUUUUUACACUCA